CGGCGGGCGGACCACAGGGACCGGGUGGGUUGCGACGGCCCCACCGAAGCCGGGUGGGCUGCGGGACUCUCGAGGACCCAGCGGGCUUCGGAGUGAGCCGACCCGGGGCCAGUACCCGCUGCACUUUUUCUCAGCCAUCGUGACCUUGGUUGGCAUACGUAUCAAGGACAGCAACUACCAUGACAUCCGAAGUUUUGCCAAAACCUCAGAUGCGUGGCCUUCUGGCCAAGCGCCUGCGAUUUCAUAUGGUUACAGCAUUCGUGCUAUCCCUGGGAGUUGCAGCUUUGUAUAAGUUUGGUGUGGCUGAUAAAAGAAAGAAGGCAUACGCAGAUUUCUACAGAAACUAUGAUGCCAUGAAAGAUUUUGAGGAGAUGAGGAAGGCUGGUAUCUUUCAGAGUGUAAAGUAAUCCUUGGAAUAUAAAGAAUUUCUUCAGGUUGAAUUACCGAGAAGUUUGUCACUGACUCCUGAACUAUGACACAUGAAUAUGUGGGCUAAGAAAUAGUUCCUCUUGUUAAAUAAACAAUUAACAAAUACUUUGGACAGUAA